AUGGCGGCGGCGGCGCCUCUGGAUUUUCGAUUCCUCGACGAGGGGCUAGGCGGCGCCAAGAACAAGAAGCGCAAGCGCGAUGCAGAUCAGGCGGCGAUGGAUGUGGAGGAGCAGCGGCAGGAGGAGAAGCGGCAGGCGAUGGAUGAGGGAGAUUCCAGGCCCGUCUACGGUAAGCCGAGCUAUGACGGCGUGAUCGCGGGGAAGGUGUCGGGGCGCAAGUGGAAGGAGGUGAAGACGUGCCGCGCGUCGGCGCUGCGGGUGAGCGUCAAGGGCAGCAGCCUGGAGGAGCGCGCCAAGGCCAAGCGCAUCGCGGCGGAGUUCCGGGAGCGCAAGCAGCAGCUCAAGGAGCAAAUCCGGGCCAACAAGGUGGAGAAGCGAAAGAGGCUGGAGGAGUACAAGAAGAGGAAGGAGGAAAACGUGAAGAAGUCGGGGUUGAAGCUCCAGAAGGUGACCAACCUCAAGAAACUCCAGAAAAUGUCCAAGAAGGAAAAGAAGAAAUUGGUGACCGUGGCAGAGACCAGAGAUUAUCGCCGGGCUCUUCUCUCAGACCGAUCAGGGAAAAAGAAAGCAGAGAAAGAAAAAACAAUUCUAGCGGACGUUGCAGUAGAUGGAAGGCCCAGCUACUCAUUCAAGUGA